AUGUCGCGCGCUCAUAAGCGUGCAUUUGCACUAGUUCUCGAAGAAGAGUAUGACGACUUUGAUGAUAUUUUCGUGAAUCGCCGUCCUAGGUUUAUCAAGGAAAGGACGAACGAUUUUGAAAACCUUGAUGAACUAGAUUUCGUGACACGAUAUCGGCUGUCAAAAAAGUCUGUUCUUCACGUAUUGGAACGAAUAGAAGAUCAGCUCGAAUACAAUAGUAACAGAAAUAACGGCGUGUCUCCAAUCAACCAACUCCUAUGUACCCUCAGGUUUUAUGCAACUGGGUGCUUUCAAGGGACGGCAGGAGAUCUAUGUGGUGUCAGUGCUGCGACAGUAAAUAGAAUAGUGCAUAAAGGCAGUCGGGCCAUAGCUUCAUUGUGGCGAGAUUAUAUUUUAUUCCCUGAGACUGAUGAAGAAAUCAAAAGGACUCAAAGGAUGUUCUAUCAGAAAGCUAAAUUUCCAAGAGUCAUCGGUGCUAUAGACUGCACCCACAUUAAAUUCUGGCAAUCGCCAGGUGGUGAAGUCCCAGAAUCUUACAGAAACAGAAAAGGCUACUUUUCUCUCAAUGUCCAAGUUAUCUGCAAUUCAAAUUUAGAAAUCACGGACAUUGUAGCCAGAUAUCCUGGAUGUACUCACGACGCCCGAAUAUGGAGGCAAUGCCAACGUAGGGCCAGGUUUGAGAGAGGAGAGUAUGGGGAUGCUGUGCUGGUAGGGGACAGUGGAUACGGUUGCCGAAGAUACAUGAUGACCCCUCUUGAUCAGUGUCAUACUGAAGCUGAACAUCUUUAUAACGAGUCGCAAAUCCGAACGAGAAACCCUGUAGAAAGAACGUUUGGGGUUUGGAAGCGACGUUUUCCUGUAUUAGCCCUUGGACUACGAGUUCAGCUGAUUAACAUAUUGCCGAUAAUAACAGCAACUGCUGUCUUACAUAACAUAGCAAGAAGAGCUGGCGAAGAUAUUCCUAUUAACUCUGAAGUUAAUCUACCCUCUCCUUGGGAGGAGAUCCUCGCUCAGGAUGAUAUUCCUGUACCCCUCCAAAGAGACCUACCUCAUCGAAGGAUCACGCAAGACAACAGAGAACGUCAAACAUUGGUGGAUGUAUAUUUUGAAAGAAUGGUUAGGUUAUAA